UAUUUUGUUAAAGAAAUUUUUUGAAACUAUCACAAGAACAGAAUUGACAUAAACCCUAACUCACAAACUGUAUGUAUAACUAACAUAUACACACACUGCAAGGCUGCAGGACCAUGGCGGAAGAGAACGAGAUAUACUCGCUCGCUAAAAACGGCGACGUAUCGAAACUAGAAGCUCUAAUUGCUUCCGGAGCCGACGUCACCUUCUUCGAUUCUUACGGUCUGACUCCAUUGAUGCACGCCGCUAAGCAAGGUCAUGCCGAAGUUGUGAAGAUCCUUCUAGAAGCCGGAGCUCCGUGGAACGCACUCUCUCCGUCUAAUCUCUCCGCCGGCGACUUUGCAAUGGAUUCCGGCCACCAGGACGCCUUUGACGUCUUACUUAACGCCGGGAUACAGGCUGAAUUGAUACUCGGAACUAUUGCGAGGAAAGAUUAUGCAGAUGGAGAUACCAACAAGGACUAUUUGGAAGACAGAAUCAGUUUUAGUGAGGAUAAAUUAAUGGAAUCUAAUAGUAAAGCUAUUAUGAUGGCUUGGGAGAAACCAUUGAUGGAAGCUCAUGCAAAAGCUAUUUGCUCAAGGGGUGGUCACAUACUGAACAUUGGAUUUGGUAUGGGACUUGUGGAUGCUGCUAUUCAGCAAUAUGGACCUGUUACACAUACUAUUGUUGAGGCUCAUCCAGAAGUCUAUAAACGUAUGAUUAGUUCUGGGUGGGGUGAUAAACAGAAUGUCAAAAUAGUAUUUGGCCGUUGGCAGGAUGUGUUGUCCCAGCUUGAGUCUUAUGAUGGAAUUUUUUUUGAUACUUAUGGGGAGUAUUAUGAAGACAUGAGAGAAUUCCAUCAGCAUCUUCCUGUUCUAUUAAAGCCUGAAGGACUCUACUCAUUUUUCAAUGGACUUUGUGGAGGUAAUGCCUUUUUCCAUGUUGUUUAUUGUCAAAUAGUUUCUUUAGAACUUCAAAGUCUGGGUUACUCUACACAGUUGAUACCCUUACCUGUUAAGGAUUGUUUGGGUGAAAAGGUAUGGGAGGGUGUGAAACACAAAUAUUGGCAGUUAGAUACAUAUUACCUUCCUGUUUGUGAGGUUCUUCAAGAUUCUGAAUGAUUUAAGCUUACAGUACUGUUUAAGCCAGAAUUUUGUUAUAGUAACGUUUAAUAUGUUAUUGUGAUCUUUCAUCCCGUGAUUAAUUUGUACUUGAAGUAUGGAUGGUGGAGAAACUAUUUGAGCAUUUCAUAUUUUCGAAGUA